GUUUCAAAUCGCGAGCAGCCACGCUUAACCUCUCCAGCCCGUACCAGCCGCUCACGUGCACACUUUUAACGGAUCGAUGGUGCUAUAAAGCGUGACGCUGCCCUGUCACCUCCACAGGCUUGAAGACAUGAUCACUAGCACCAGUAUUUAUGGUCUAAAGAUGCAGUGGACCCCAGAGCACACACAAUGGGCAGAACAACACUUUGACAUCUCAUCCACCACCCGCUCCCCCGCACACAAAGUAGAGGCCUACCGGGGGCACUUGCAGCGAACCUACCAGUAUGCCUGGGCCAAUGAUGACAUCUCUGCUCUGACUGCCUCCAAUCUGCUGAAGAAGUAUGCAGAGAAGUACUCUGGGAUCCUAGAGGGGCCAAAUGAAAGAGCCUUGCUGUGUUCCUACUCCGAUGGCACCACCGGACUCAUGAAUGGACGAAAGUCAGAGAAUGAGUCCUGGCAGGAGGGGAUUUACCCAAUGAACUGUGCUCCAGAUGUUAUAUCUGUGAGCAAAGCUGGAAUGACAGCUGCCCUACCCCCUACAGAUGUGUCUGCUAGCAUAGGCAGCUCCCCAGGGGUGGCCAGCAGCUUGUCUGAGCCGAGUUAUUCCAGCAGUAACUGUGGGAGCCACACAGCCACUACUCUUCACUCGGGCCUCCCCUCUCAGGAAUAUACUGCCAGCUACAACGGCUCCUACCUGCAUUCUAGCUACAGCGGCCAGAGUACCCCAGCCCUCCCCUCCCCACACCCCUCUCCUUUGCACAGCGCCGGGCUCUUACAACCACCUCCCCCGCCUCCUCCCCCUACCUUAGUGCCGAGCUACAACGCUGGGUCUCCAAACCUUCCCAACUACAAUUAUCCUCCAACAGGGUAUCCUUCUCAGACUGCUGUUGGCCCCGGUUAUAGCCCUGGGGGAGCUCCCCCUCCUUCGGCUUAUCUGCCGUCCGGUAUUGCAGCUCCCACCCCAAUCCCCCCUUCCACACUGCCUGGCUAUACCUACCAGUCCCAUAAUCAUACACCAAUUGCACCAACACCUUUGAAUGGCAGUACAUCCAACUCAUUAAAACGAAAGGCUUUCUACAUGAGUGGACAUGGAGAUAUGGACUCGAGCUAUGGUAAUUUCAACUACAACCAACAGCGCUCUUCACAGAGCCCAAUGUACAGAAUAGCAGACGGCAACGUCUCAGACUCAAACAGAGGCAAUGGCUAUGACAGAAAUCAAGAGACUUCAUCUCUGCCGUUUAAGCCAACCAAACAGUCAAUGUCCUCUGAUCAACAACGAAAAUUUAUGAUACACUCUGGCAGAGCGCUAACCCCCCCAUCCUACGGAUCGACCAAAAGCUCCGUGGGCGAUCUCAGAACUGGUGAUUCCUACAACAAGUUUGGGUCCCCCAUCAUGAGCGAUCAAACUGAAGAGCACAGACAGCACCUCUCUCACUCCCUAACAGGGCCAGACAUUGGUUCGGCUACCUCGUCCAUCCAUGCUGCGGAGGAACAACUGAAAAACAGUGACUCCAACCUGGUGGAGAUGGUGACCACAGAAAUCCUUCAGCAGGGUCCUCCAGUGGACUGGAGCGACAUUGCUGGUCUGGACAUGGCCAAAGCAGCCAUCAAAGAGGAGAUACUGUGGCCAAUUCUAAGGCCUGAUAUGUUUAGCGGACUUGCCACAUUACCUCGGAGCCUCCUUUUGUUUGGACCUCAGGGAACCGGUAGAACGCUUCUUGCCCACUGCAUGGCCACCCAACUGGGCGCUGCCUUCUUGCGACUCAGCAGCUCCGCCCUGGUGACCAAGUGGUUAGCGGAAGGGGACAAGAUCAUACAGGCUUCUUUCCUGGUUGCCCGUUGUCGCCAGCCGGCGGUGGUUUUCAUCAGAGAGGUGGACCUGCUCCUGUCAGCCCAGCUCAGCGAGGAGAGUCCAGUGAAUCGCCUCAAGGCUGAGCUCCUCAUGCAGCUUGACAGUAUCCUGACCUCUACUGAGGACCACAUCCUCGUGGUGUGCUCCACCAAUAAGCCGGAAGAGAUCCCAGAGUCCCUACGGAGGUACUUUACCAAGCGACUGCUCAUACCCCUGCCUGAUGGGACGGCACGACACCAGAUAAUCAGCCAACUGCUCUCCCAGCACAACUACUGUCUCAGUGACAAAGAGAUGUCACUGCUGGUUCAAAGGACAGAGGGAUUUUCAGGACUGGAGGUGACCCAGCUGUGUCAGGAGGCUGUGGUAGGUCCUCUCCAUGGUAUUCCUGGGACGGACCUGUCAAGUAUCCACCCCACCCAGAUGAGACCAGUUUCCUACCAAGACUUUGACAAUGUGUUUUGCAAAUUUCAGCCAAGCAUAUCACAGAAAGAACUCGACAUGUACACUGAGUGGAAUAAAAUGUUUGGUUGUAGUCAAUGAAGGGGACCCAUCAAACUCAUUUUCUUAAAAAUAGCCGACAAGUGUGAGUCUUUUAGGCAACAAGAAAAAACUGUGUUGACAUUAGCGUACCAUAUACAGCAAAGGGAUUGUGCAUAAAGGCUUUACAGAAGAUUACAUUCUGGAAAAAAUUGGUAAAAAUUCAAAUGCUUUAUGUUGCUGUUGCAAUGUGCCAACUUGGAACCAC